CCAGGCGACAAACUGACGUCUUUGUCAUUUCGGUCUCCCUAACUGUCCGUACAGGGAUUUUUAACACAGGUUUUGAUAUCGUCAUUAAAAAUGUCCAUCAAAAAUGUUACUUUUCAGACACAAUUGGUGUCCAUCAUGGAGAUAUUGGGUAAAGCGGCAGUGGCUGAAAUUAGCAGACGUGUCCGUUUGGAAAUGUCGCAAAGUCAGAGGGAGAUCGAGGCGCUGAAGAGGAAACUGCACGUCUUGGAGAGGGAGAUUAUCAGGACGCGGCGGAGAAAAGCAGAGAGAGUGUUUGGGCAGGGGUGGAGCUUUGGUGUGUGGAGAGAUGGAGAGGCCACCGCUGUGGAAGAGGAGAGCACUCCUCUGCAGUCCGUCAUGAGGGAGGAGUCUGCAGACACAGAGGAGAACACGCCUGAAUCACUACUUAUCAAGGAGGAGAGACUGGAAGACAACUUGUGGAGCAGGGACCCACAGCCCACACCUGCUGAGGAGCAAGUAGCACAGCCCACACCUGCAGAAGAACAGGUGACACAGCCCACACCUGCAGAAGAUCCAGAGGAGAAAAAGCCCCCACAUUCAGAAGGUCCAGCAGAGCAGGUCACACAGCCCACACCUGCAGAACACCCAAAAAAGCAUGUAACCCAGCCCACACCUGCAGAAGAACAGGUGACACAGCCCACACCUGCAGAAGAUCCAGAGGAGCUCAGUGAGAAGCGCAGGUGUGGACACAGUGAGGAAGACCUCAGUGGACUGGAGUUUGUGGUGAAGGUGGAGCAAGAGGAAGAGCAUGUAGCCCAGAGACUCAGUCAGACAGGAUGUGAACACAGUGUAGGAAGACUGAACAAUCUGGACUCUGAGUAUGUAACGUACGAGAGAGACGGUCAGCUGUGGACUUCCUUCACACCAGGCGACAGUGACAUAGAGACUGAUGAUCCAGUUUGUGAUAAUGCUACAGAGCAAUACUCACAGAGUCUGCCGGUUCACACAGAGCUUCAGCAUGCCCCUGCUGCAGAUGCAGCUUCUGCUAACAGUCUCUGCUCUUUAGAAUCUCUUGCUGCCCAACCACAAGUCACUCUGUUGAGUUCAGCACCCAGAAAUGAGGAGGUAGAGACACGGUAUCUGCAGAGUGAAGAAACAGGAUCACUGAUUAGUGAAAUACAACAGGGUCAAACCAGAGAGAGACUUCUGCCCUCAGUGAAGAGAGAGAGUCAGACAUUACAGGCCAGGCAGCAGCUACACGGACCCUCAGCAAAACUAAUGAGACUUAACCGCCUGAACCCCGAGGUCAGUACCGUUUGA